UUUCACCCUGAGGACGAAUUACCCUGGAACGUUGCCCAAAAGUGUUUCUUUUCCAUCGAUCCGUCUCAAUCUUCCUUCCAUCCGUCCUGUGCCGUGAUUGUUACAACCCAUUCAACGAAUCUGUGUCACGAUACACCACCUGUGUUUUGUCUUGUCUUGUCUUGUGUUUGGCAAUGUCGCCCAGUCCAAGUUGGGGGGUUCAACCAGUAGCCGGAGGACCUUCCCGUCUGUUUUAGUGUUCACAGCGUUCAGCGCUCCCUGUUACCUGUCGCCUACCGCACCGCACCCGACCGCACCCUGCACCACGCAGCCCAGGGCAGCAGCACCUCCUGCAAUGCCCCCAAGACCCCAAUCCAUUGCGCAUUUCCCCCCUCGGGGUCCCAAUGGGGGCAUGGGGACCUCGCGCUCGACCUCACCACUCCCGCCGAGACCCGUCUCCCUCGCUGUUCCAGUUCCCGGCAAGCCCACGAUAAACAACAACAACAACAACAACAACAAUCGCAGGUCGCCUUCACCCUCGCCCGCCUCCAGGCCCCGACCAGUGCCGUCGCCGUCGCCACAAACUCUCGAUUCCGACCAAGAUCCCAUACGAGGAGGCGCCAGAAAAACAAGGAAACAACCACCUGCGGCAAUUGUGACCACCACCAUCACCCCUUCUGGAGCGCGGACAGCACACAUCUCGACCUCUUCUAGACCAAGCAGCAAAGCCAGCAGCAGCAGUAGCACCAGCACCACCACCACCACCACCACCACGGGAAAGAGCUCCUCCACUGCUACCAAGCGCGCAACUGCAACCGCAACUUCAACUCCCUCCUCGGCUGCAUCUCCUGCCGGCGCAGCGACCCCGACCUCCACCUCGUCCCGGAACUUCCCCGUUCUCAAGGCCCGCGCAAGUCAACAUGGUGCGGCAGCGCACUCGAAUCUAAACCCAGGAAUGGACAAACCGUCAAACACGCAGUCGCCGACCGUCGCCAGAAUGCCCUACGAUCGGGCCUCAACCACAACCACCCGACAGCCGCAAACGGCCUCCGUCGCAAGAGCCUCUACCAAGGCACCCCUUACUCCAAAGGUCACCACAGCCCGAGUUUCGUCCGCCUCCACCGUCUCCUCAGCCUCCACGACAAGGCGAAGGCCCGAGUCGGUAAUCAGCAGCACUAGUUCGAGGGACAGAGAACAUGUCGCGUCGCCAGUGCCGCCCUAUUUAGCGGGCAACGUUACCCCGAGAGCUGCGUCGAGACCAAGUCGUGUCAACAGCACCACUACGACCCCUCUCGCUACUCCAAGUCUCGACCGGAACGACCAGUGGGAUGCGCGAUCGAGCUUGUCCAUAACCUCACAAACGACCGACGACCCUCGACGACCCAUCGUUACCUUUAGUCCAGCUUCCGAUGUUGGAGUCUCCAGACAAGAUCCGGAUUCCAAAUUCUUCUAUGCCUCCGAGGCUGCACCGAGAUCACCCGCCCAAGGGAGGCCCCCUAUUCUCCAACAGGCCAAAUCCUCCUCUUUCUUCUAUGCAAAUGGAGGCACAAUACCACCAAAGGAGAGCCCGGGUCCGGCCUCCCCCUUGCCCUCCCUAGGAGCGCCGUUCCAGCAACAACAGGACAAACUUUUGAGCAAGUUUAUUUACGCCAACGGGGCAGCCGAUCCGGAGCCUCCGGUGAGAACCCGGUCCAGGCCAUCGUCAGUGGUAUCAACAGCGUCCAGGGCACCGUCAAACAGGCCGCCAAGUGUGCUCUCUCAGACACACUAUCCCAACAAACCCACAUCACCCGUUAAGCUGACGCCUCAGACAUCCGGAAGGAGUGGGAGUAUAUCGGCUAUGAACUCGCCGCGAUCCCCUGUCUCGGCUAGCGCUGCUUCUUCAAACCGAGAGUCCGCGAAACGCAAGUCUCUGGCUGACCAGCCCGGGACGGCGACAAUCAAUGGGCAAUCAACGAAACGCAAAUCUCUCAACGAGCUUCCCUCUCGACCUGCAAGUGGACCGGUGCCCAGUCGCCCCAGCAGCCUGGUCAUGGCCGAACCACCAGCAGUGGCCAGGGUCGUGACGCCAUAUAGUUCUCGGCCUCCUUCGGAAGCACCAUCACCUUCGGUUCUAUCCGUACCUGCUCCGUUCAGUUCCUUGUCUGAAAAUAUGGCCUCUGGUGGAUUCGCCUCACUUCUCCAGGCUGCCGAGGACUUUGUCGCCGAGGAAGAUGAGCAAGAUGAAGCAGAAGAAGGGGAGGACAGCAGUGGAGAUGGGGAACCGCGGAGAGGCUCAGUAAGCAGUCCAUCAAAGUCAUCUCCGCAGGACAAGGAGAUAUCAGACCUUGUUGCGAAUGCCCGGAGGGAGCGGAAGGUCCAGGAUUUGCAGAUUACGAACGCAAGUCUUGAGGCGAUUAACCGCACUCUGGAACGGCAACUGCGGAAACAGACGGCUGAGCUUCGGGCUUACAAGCGCCUAUCCCGCUCGGGGCGGUUAAAUGUCGGGCCCGCUCUAGUCGCCUCUCCAGCUGAUGCCGGGCUUUUGGCCGGGGCUGAUCUGGACGCACUCAGCGAAGAGGGCAGCGAGCUAGGAGCGGAAGACGGGGAACGGGACACACUGACGGAGGAGUUGGAAGAUGAAGAUGACGACGACCUCUCAGGAUCGGAGGAUUCCGCUGACAUGACGCCAGCCACGAAAGCGAUUCGCGAUGCUGAACGACGAGAAAAGGACGAAGAGAGGUUGCGGCUGGAUUUAUCCAAGCAUCAGCAAUUGCUAUCAGACAGCCAGAAGAUCAACCAGAGCCUGAAACGGUGUUUGGGCUGGACAGAAGAGCUGAUCAAGGAAGGGAAGCGUGCGCUGGCGUACCAGGUGAAGGCAAGCGACGUUGAGAUUGGUGGGCGGGUCCUUGCCCCUGAAGAGGUGGAGGCUCGGGAGGCUCGGGAAAGGGAAGAAGCCGCCGGCGAGGGCGAUACGGAUACCAUCGACGAUACCAUCAGCGAUACCGACCUCGAGGACGAUGAGAGCAUUUUCACGCCGGAACCCGGCGUUCUUAUGCCGCGACUGGCGGCCAAGUUUAUCAACGAACAGAACAGACAACAGCAGUCCUGGGGAAAACAGACGCAGGAUAGGGACAGCGGCAUUGAGUUACAACCCACGGAUGGCGGGUGAUGGUGCGAACCUCCCAAUGGUCAGACGGUCAAGAAGAUGUCCGACUAUGCCUCGGGAGGCAAAGAGGGAAGAAGACAUGCGCGGCUCAAGAUGACCAAGAAGAACCGCAGCAAUAGACCUGCCGUGCGCGUCGCCCUCUCCACUUAUUACUUGUCCCUGAUUUGCAUUGCUUUGGGCAUUGGCGUUGGGAGGUUGUUGUUAACACGCAUUUGCGAUCAAUAUUAUACCGGAUACGUCCUGGCUUUACUCUCUUUCAUUAUGUUACUCGCGGGACCGGUUUUGGGACCGAAUGUCUUAUCAUAGCAUCGAAUUUUUUUUGGGGCAUUUCAGGGCACAAAUGCCACUCUUUUUUUCCUGGCUUUACACAGCAUUUUUUUUUUUUUUUCCACUUUUCACUCUAUCAUCAUCUACAUCGGCGAGUUUCGUUAUGUUACUAAGCUAGCUCACGAUAUACCCAGAACAUUUCUCUCUUUCCUCUCUCUCAUUCCCUCUAUCUCUUUCAUCAAGAGUCCAGUAACCAAACACCGGCAACAAACCAACCACCCUGCUCACUCUGGCUGAUUUAAGUAGCUUCUGCUUUCCCGCUUCUUCAUUACUUUCAUCGGCAUUUCCCAAGGUAACAUCCGGGUGAAGAAUAGGAUCUGGAGUCAGGGAUUCGGUGGUUUAUUACUUGGUCAAUUGGGAGGGAAAAAAGAAAACAAACUAUAGAAAACUUCCCUUGAAAACGUUUACAUGCCAUUGUGUGUUUAAAAAAGGAGCGGCUAUAUGAGCAAAAGGGAGCAUUAUUGGGGGGAGAAGAAAUCCAUCAAUAUAAGCGGAGGCAGAAAACAAAAGCAGACACGCGACACUACAG